UUCUGUUCUUUUUGUGGCACUUGGAAAAGCUUGUACAAUGAAGAUAGAAACCUCCUUCGGAUUAGAGAGAAGGAAAGACGAAACCAAGAAGCUCAUGCAGAGAAAGAGGUGUUUGCUGAGAAGGCUCCUCUGUUUGCAGAGCCCUACAAGACUGCAAAAGGCGAUGAGCUGUCCAGCCGGAUACAGAACAUGCUAGGCGACUACGAAGAGAUGAAGGAGUUCUUAAGUACCAAGUCUUGCUCUAAGCGCCUGGAGGGUUCUGAAGACAGGCCAGGGAAGCCGAAAUAUCCUUUAUUUCAUGACAGGGGGAGCAGCAUCCCAUCCAGCUCCUUCCGCACCCACGUCUACCACCAGCCUAUCCAUACAUCUUCAGUCCCUGGACCACUUUCUGUUGGUAACAUUAGCCACAGUCCAAAGAUGGCACCUCCAAGGAUGGAACCAGUGCCAAGUCUCCAUGCCAAAAACUACGGCCCGCCCGACAGUCAGCGGCUGACUCAAGAUCGCCUCAGUCAGGAGGGGCACUGUUCCAACCACACAAAGUGUGACCGCAGAGCUGAUGGUGACUCAGCUCCGGAGAUGAAGCUCUCACCCUUAAUCUCCUCUUUGCCAUCCCCGGUGCCCCCUCUGUCACCUGUACAUUCCAGGCUGCAGGGAAGCAGCAAGGUUCCCGGUGGUAGCACUAGCAAUAAAAGCUACAAUGUAGCCACGUCUUCCAAGGACCUGGUGGGGAAGGUCCAAGAUAAUGAGACUCCUCAUGACAGUUUGGUGGCAGCUACCAGCCUUGGGGUAGCCCCUUCUCAGCCACCUUCCCAGACAUUUCCACCCCCUCCUCUCCCCUCAAAAAGUGUUGCAAUGCAGCAGAAGCCCACAGCUUAUGUCCGGCCCAUGGACGGUCAGGAUCAGGCUCCUAGUGAGUCCCCGGAGCUGAAGCCGCCACUGGAAGACUAUGGCCAGCAGAGCUUCGAGAAACCUGAUGUAAAAGUGCCUGCCAAGGCCAAGCUCACCAGACUGAGGAUGCCUUCGCAGGAGGUGGAGGUGAGUGGAAUCUCUUAGGACCUUUCCAGUUAUAGGAGCUUUGAGAUUCAGGCCUCUGGGGGAUGGGAGGAGGG